ACAGAGUCAAGUUUGGUGACGAAAUCAAGGAUUCUCUUUAAGACGUAGAUUGGGUCUGCAGACAGGGUUUAUCGGCUGUGCAUGUCCGAGUUCGCUGGUAUCGGCGAGUACGGCUGCCACGACCAAUUUCUCUAACACCCGGAAAGCUUACGGCGCGUUGCAGUGGGAAUUUUAAACUGCUGCCCCGGCUGCCCGUUCGAGUGGGCUGGACUUUAGAGCUGGAGGAUAUACAUGGUGAAAGUUUUGGCGAUGAAGAUGAGCAAAGUGGGCAACCAGACCAAUUCGCAGGACCCACAGGCGGUGAAUUCCCGGGUUUUCGUCGGGAAUCUAAACACGUUCCAGUGCAGCAAGACCGAUGUGGAGCGAAUGUUUCAGCGUUACGGCCGUCUGGCAGGAAUAUCUAUGCACAAAGGGUAUGCAUUCGUGCAAUUCACAAAUCCCUUUGAUGCCCGGAGCGCCUGCCUCGGCGAAGAUGGCCGCACCGUUCUUAGCCAGAUACUCGAUGUUAACAUGGUGGCCGAGCCGAAACCCCAUCAAACUGGACGCAAGCGGCAGAAUGUGACCAAGACUGGCAACGAUUGGGACUACUACUACGACAGUUACUACGCGUCCACCGCUUUUCCACCCCGUUUGGCGCCACCAUUGAAGAGACCUCGGCUGAUGCCACCGGCUCGAUCCCAACAUCCUAAACAACAGAAGCAACAGCCCGCUACGAACACGGCAACUGUACCCGAUCUGAAUCAACUUAAAGUGUAUAGCAACCCGGAUAUCCUGAUCUGCGGCAAUUGCAGGGAGAUGUUUACGGAUCUGGGCGAGUUGCUCGAGCACAAGCGGAAUUACUGCAAACUGCGGUUCACAUGUAAAUGUCACACCUUCAAUGGAACAGCCCCAAGAGAUUCUACAACGGCUCUGCUAUGCGUUCUCUGCAAGGUAUCAUUCCCCUCAGCAUGGGAAUUGAUGGUUCACGCCCAGGCAGCUCACAUGAUCAACAUUUACGAGUUGGGAACCCGACCCCAAAGCCCCAGAUCCGCUCCCAGCCCCCCUCAAAGUCCAAGCCAACAUCAGAAGGAAUCAUCACCGUCACCGCAAGAUUUUCAGGAAACGAAAGCAUCAGAUUAUGAGGAACGCGCAGAAGAAGAAGAUCUGGAUGGACACGAAUUAUUACCCUCUCCUGACAGUGGUAAAUCAACAGAUAACGAGGCAGCUUUGUCACCGAUUAAAAUACGAUCCGAUGUAAAUGGGCUGGACCACGAAGAGUGCGACGAGUUGAUCCACGUUGAGAACACUACGCAAGCUUGCAUCAUGCAUGCCCUCAGCAUUGACUCGUCCUUGGAACUAAACUCUGACACAAACUCGAGGGGAAGUUCUGGCCCAGUCAUGGCGUUGACUAAUGGAUCCUUGUCUGCGAAGGAAUAAGUCGAAGAGGAGAGAGAGAAAAAAAAGAAAAAAAAAAAGAA